UAUAUAUAUAUAUAGACUGCUCAACCGUGGCAUCGGAUGGAUUGUUGUCAGAUCUAUUUUGAUUGAAUGAUUGCGUGAUGUACGGUGGAUGUAAUUUUUUUUUUAAUGUUGGUUGCCUGAGCGGUGUUUGCGGCAUAUGUUCCCACGGGGAGCCUUAACUCCCCAGUCCGUCGCUCGCCUCCUCUCGCCGGCCAGCUGGCGGCCAUGGAAACCAUCCACCGCCUCCUCCCGAUCUCCGCCGCCGAGACCCUAAUCUUCCGUUGUCCCAGGACCCUUCGCUUCCCCCCGCUCCCGCCCAAGAAUCCCUCCGUGUUUCCGGCCGGAGCCCCUACCCCGGAGCUCAGACGCUGCUUCUCCAAUGACCUCAGGGUCUCCGCUGGAUGGUUCUCGGUCUUCGGCACCAGGAAGAGGGCGGUCCUUCCGGAGAUUGUGAAGGCCGGCGACCCCGUCCUCCACGAGCCUGCUGGCGAGGUGCCUGUCGAGGACAUCGGGUCGGAGAGGAUCCAGAGGAUCAUCGACGACAUGAUUUCCGUCAUGAGAAAGGCUCCCGGGGUCGGCCUUGCGGCUCCACAGAUUGGUAUCCCCUUGAAGAUUAUCGUUCUGGAGGACACAAAGGAAUACAUUAGUUAUGCUCCUAAGAAUGAAAUUGAAGCACAAGACCGCCACCCUUUUGAUCUUCUGGUCAUAGUGAAUCCAAAGAUAAAGAAAAGAAGCAACAAAACUGCACUUUUCUUUGAAGGAUGCUUGAGUGUUGAUGGAUUUAGAGCAGUGGUUGAGCGCUACCUUGAGGUUGAAGUAUCAGGUUUGAGCCGUGAUGGGCGUCCCAUCAGAGUAGAUGCUAUGGGCUGGCAAGCACGCAUAUUACAACAUGAAUGCGAUCACCUGGAUGGCACACUUUAUGUGGACAAGAUGGUUCCAAGAACAUUCAGGACUGUUGAGAAUUUGGAUUUGCCUCUACCUGAAGGAUGCCCACAGCUCGGCGUGCGCUAGUUGAAAUCUUUAUAUGGCAAGAAAUUUAAUAUUGACCAACAUGAUCUGUCAUUGCUGUUGGGCACGUUCUGCAAACAUUAUUUCUAAUAGUUGAUGUUCAGCUAAGAAGAUGUAUGUGGUAGAAAAGCACCAGAAGGCUUAUGGAGUGGGUUAAAAUUUUUAUUUUUAUUCCACAUUUUAUGACCUUUAUUAUUUGCAAGACCGCCUUUAUCACCUGUUCAUGACAUGCCAAUCGAGGCUGUUUGGUCGGUCAAGCUUAUUCUUUCUGUUCAUCGGCAUGCAUCUGAAUGAGAUUAACCACACCGAGCUAUCUGCUUCCAAAUGCUUUCUGUGGUUCCUUUGUUUUACAUAUCGUGUUUCAGAUUCUGAUGUUUGGAACUGCAACUCGCAAGGAACAAACGAUGAAUGAUUGACAAGGAGCUCUGGCAAUUGCUGUAUUGGGAAUCUCAUGCUGUAAUCAAGUUCGUUCUUUAUUUUA